CCCACCCAAACCAAAGUGAAACAAAGGGCUCAUCUCAGCAGAGAGCGGAAGCCCGAGCGGCGAGCAGUUUGCUUGCAUUGCUUUGCUGCUUCCGUUGCCGCACAACGGCACAAGCAACGUUUCUGCUGGCAGAAAUCCAAAUAAGAGAGCCACACUGUAAUAAGAAUGGCGCAGUCAACUCUUUUACUCUUGCACAUCAAUACCUCUUCUUCCCCCUCCAUUUUCUGUCAUUCACAAUCUCCUAAACUUUCCCCCAAAUUCGCCAAACCCCUCUCGGUCCCUCGCUUAUUAACCGCCCGAAAGCAGCGAUUCAGCUCUAGAAUGGAUCAUCUUCACCCGCCUAAUGCAUUGCAAGGGGUCGUAUUGGAGGCCAUCGGCUUGUUACAGUCGCCUGACCCGACUUGGCAAUCCGCUCUCCUCAACAAUCUGCUGAUCUUCGUGCUCGGGUCGCCGAUUCUGGUUUCGGGGCUUUCCUUUCCGGGAAUUUCUGCCGCUUUCGUGCUCGGAACCCUCACUUGGCGCGCUUUCGGCCCCUUUGGGUUCCUCCUCGUCGCCGCUUACUUCGUCAUAGGGACUGGAGUUACGAAAGUGAAAAUGGCGCAGAAGGAAGCUCAGGGUGUUGCUGAGAAGAGGAAAGGGAGAAGGGGACCUGGCAGUGUGAUUGGUUCAAGCGCUGCUGCUUGUGUCUGUGCCUUCAUGUCCAUAUAUGGAAUUGGGGGAGUGGAAGUUGCUCAGCUUUGGCAGCUUGGAUUCGUUGCUAGCUUCUGUACCAAGUUGAAUGACACCGUCUCUAGUGAGAUAGGGAAGGCUUAUGGCAAAACUACGUACCUUGUUACGACAUUCAAGGUUGUUCCUAGGGGAACUGAAGGUGCUGUGAGUAUUGAGGGAACUUUGGCUGGUUUCCUUGCUGCAGUGGUUCUUGCUUCGAUUGGUUGUCUUAUGGGUCAGAUAAAUGGAGCUGAAGCACUCAUAUGUGUGGUAGCCUCCCAAAUCGCAAACUUUGGUGAGAGCAUAAUAGGUGCUGUCUUUCAAGAUAAGGAAGGAUAUCAAUGGCUUAACAAUGAUGUGGUGAAUGUGAUUAACAUAUCGAUUGGGAGCAUACUAGCAGUUUUAAUGCAGCAAGCAUUGCUCCAAAACUGGCAAACAUCGUGAACUUGUUUUCACCACCAAUCGUUCCUCCUAUCUCCUUGGAUGCCUGGAAAGUGCUCCGCUAGUUUGCUUGUGCAGGAAGGUAAUGGAGAAUAGCCCCAACCGUUGGCCUAACUUAGUGAUCAUCUUGUAUUCUUUUAUAAAACUCGGUUUCAGGAAUGUUGGCCUUCUGCAAGUUUCACUUGAUUUAAGUAGAACUCUAUUAGUCUUUGUGAUGAUUUCCUUGAGAGAGACUUAUUUCAUAACUUCACCAUUUCAGAAAGUCAUCGUGGUUCCUAAUCGUCUAGGUCCUUUGCCUGGGUGGGUUAGUUGCUGAGUAAGCAAAACGUCAAGCAUAUAUCAUAUAACAAGACCAGACGUUGUUCUAACUUCUAAGUAAGCUAACUGGGGAUUUUGUUAUCCUCCUCUCAGCUCAUUGGUGAGAACUGAGAAGGAUCUCAGAGCCACGGACGAUCUGCAAUCGUUGAGUGGAUGCGUUGACAAUUUAUUAGCUGGGUUGUUGUUGAUUGGAACUAGACGGCAAGAAUGGCGGACAGGGCCCAGAAGUGACGUUUAUCAAACUAGUGAGUGAUGCGUGAGAGAGAGCAGUAGACGUCGCAUGGCAUGGCAUGGUUAUUGUCAAUCAUGCUGGCAAUUGGCAAAUGAGAAUCAUUUCACUUGCAGGAUUGUCUUUUUGGGUGGCUGGAGAAUCUAUCAUUUUCUUUCUCGACUAGACUAAGACUACUAUGAUAUGGCUUUCCAAAAACGAACAGUCAAUUCACUCUCUGUCAAAAGUUGACGAUUCUUAACGAAUGGUACUUGUAGUUUCAGUAUGAGCAUUGGUGUACCAACCCUAUCCCUUCACAUCAUUGGUUCAACGAGUUUUGAUUUAUGCUUGGUAAGUGAGCAUGUUACUCGUACCACAUAUGUAAAAAGUUAGUCUUAUUUCAUAUCUCCUCUGGU